CCCGUGGGACCACAACAAACUUACUAGCCCCGCCCUUCCCAGUUCUCUCUUGUUAAUUAAUCAUAUGUUUGUUGGAAUUACGUUUGCCCACAUAUACCAUUCAUAGAUUCGAUUCGAUUCGAUUUGUAAUGUCCUAAAAUUAAAGAAUGGAAAUUUCAAGCAAUCUUGGCUACUGUAAUGUUAAAACUGGCCUAACAUCGGUUAUAUUUUAUCAACUGGUGCUAUUCACUUUUAUAGUAAAAUCUGAGGAUAUGUUUACCUCAAUGGCAGACAUACAAAAUCUCAUCUAUUUCAAGAAAGAAUGUCUUUCCAUGCUAAAUGAAUAUAUUAGUGACGAAGAACAGCGCUUACAAAAAAUUAGAGGCUACGUGAAAGAUCAAGAAGAAAAUAUGAGAAAGGAUGAGGUCGACGUAGAAUAUUAUAUGGGCAAUCCCAUUAACGCUUUCUUACUCAUCAAAAGUCUCACAAAGGAUUGGAAGCAUUUAACAACCAUUAUGAGACAUAACACUUCCGAAAUCUACAUAAACAAAAUCGAAUCUAACGUAUUUCUCCCGGGAGAAGACGAUUUAAACGGAGCCGCUGUUGCACUUUUCAGGCUCCAGGAUAUAUACAAAGUCGACACUAAUAAAAUGGCCGGGAGUGAUAUAUCUGGCAUCAAAAACUCCCCUAAUUUAAACGCCGAGCAAUGUUUCGAAAUAGGUAGACAAUCCUAUGUUAACGAAGAUUUUUAUCACGCCCGCAUAUGGAUGGAAGAGGCCUUAAGAAAAUGGAACGAGGAACAGGAUAAAACCAUGGAAAAAGAGGAUAUUUUGGAAUAUUUAUCAUUCUCUCUUUAUAAGCAAGGUGAUGUUAUCAUGGCUUUGAAUAAAACCGAUGAACUUCUAGAUUUAAAUCCAACACAUAGCAAGGCAUUAGAAAACAAACAGUUGUACCAAAAGGAUCUCGAAGAGCUCGAAAAAUCGGGUGUAAAGAGCGAGGAAAUGGGAAAAGUCAGCCCGCGUGAUAAGUAUGUCUCACCUGAACAAAUGAACUAUCAUUCUUUGUGUAGGGGAGAUCAUCCCAAGGAUACUUUGAUUCAAAGGAAACUCAAAUGUAGGUACGUUAAUAGGCAUAAAUCUCCGGCACUCAAAGUUUCUCCCGCGAAAGAAGAGACCCUGAGUUACAAACCGUGGAUCGUUAUAUACCACGAUGUCUUAAACGAUCAGGAAGUCAAAGUGGUUAAGGAGUUGGCUAACCCAAGACUGAAACGAGCUACAAUCUUCGACUCAAAGACUCAGAAAUAUGAACGGGUUGAAUACAGGAUAAGUAAAAGCGCCUGGUUAAAAGAAAAGGACCAUCAAAUUAUAAUAGAUAUCAAUAGAAGGAUUUCUGCCAUUACCGGCUUAUCGAUGGAAACAGCAGAAGAACUUCAAGUUGCAAAUUAUGGCAUAGGCGGGCAUUAUGAUCCUCAUUGUGAUUUUACCAGGAAUGACCAAUACGAUGAUAAUGGAAAUUAUAUUAGCAAGAGAAUAGCUACUUGGAUGUUUUACAUGAGUGAUGUUGUUGCCGGUGGAGCUACUGUCUUUCCAUUGGCAGGGGUUAGAUUAUCGCCGAAGAAAGGCUCUGCCGCAUUUUGGUACAAUUUAAAAGCUUCUGGUAAAGGUGAUUUCGACACUAUACAUGCAGCAUGUCCCGUUUUAGUCGGCUCUAAAUGGGUUUCUAAUAAAUGGAUUCACGAGAUAGGCCAGGAAUUUACAAGACCUUGCAAAUUAAACGCGAACUUAUAAAGUCCAAUUUAUUUCAAUCGUAAAGAUCUAUACCACUUCUACUCAUUUUGUUAUAUAUAUUUUUUUAAA